CCAACUCAUCUCCACAUCCUCACCACAAUGCGUCCACUGCUCAAUAACACACGAGCUAUACGGCACAUACGCUCUUACACAUACAAAACUGAACCCUCGAAAUACCCCGGCCAUGUGCCGACAAACUGCCUCCAGAAACUGUUCCUAGCUGCCGGCUCGGGCAUCUACUCGUUCUUCAACCCCCGUCGCGGAGACCUAAUUGCGACCCUCGGCGAGGCAACAGCCCUCCCGCCCCUCAUGUACCGUCUCCGCGACGUCAUGCUCUCCGAUCCCACCGGCCGCCGCAUCCUCCGCGAGCGCCCUCGCAUCACCUCAAAGACCCUCGACAUCGCCGCCCUGCGCAAGUACCCCGCCAACACAGUCGGCAAGGUCUACUCCGAAUGGCUCGAUCUCGAGGGCGUUUCCCCCGACACGCGCGCUCCCGUGCGCUACAUCGACGACGCGGAGUGCGCGUACGUCAUGCAGCGAUAUCGCGAGUGCCAUGAUUUCUACCACGCCAUCACCGGCCUGCCCAUCAUCAUCGAAGGCGAGAUCGCGCUCAAGAUGUUUGAGUUUGCAAAUACCCUCAUCCCGAUGACCGGGAUCGGCGCCGUUCUCGCCCCGCUGCGUCUCAAACCAAAGCAGCGAGAGCGACUGCGCACAAUCUACUUUCCCUGGGCAAUCAAGAACGGCGCGACCGCGAAGCCGCUGAUCAACGUUUAUUGGGAAGAAGUUCUGGAUCGCGAUGUGCAAGAGCUCAGAGACGAGCUCGGGAUCGAGAAACCGCCUGAUCUUCGUCAGCUUCGCAAGCUCAAGAUCAGUCAUCUGUGAUUAUAUCUAAUUAUCUCAAAU